GUAGUCUGACAAACAGAUUAUAGUACACCUUGUUUGACUCUUAGUUUGCUGUAAGAUGGUUAGGGAUACUCUUGGCUGAAGGAUCACAAAUAAGAUAUGGUGAGAUUGCACUGCUGGACCACUGGCAAAAGGAUGCUCAGAUAUUAGGGGGAGUAACAAAUAACACAGGAGACAUGGACCGUGUGAACAGAAACAUGCCCAAUCAUGGCCUACAGACUCAUCAGGUGCUACAGAGCACUCCACUAGACCUGAUAGAGACAGGGAAGGGGCUUAAGGUUCAAGCGGAACGCCCCCAUCUAGUCAGUCUUGGGAGCGGCCGUCUCAGCACAGCCAUCACAUUGUUGCCCCUGCCUGAGGGGAAGACUACCCUGGGCCAUGGAGCCAUGGACAUCAACAUCCAGGGCUCUGGAGUUGUAGCCGAGCACUGUUUCAUUGAGAAUAAGGCUGGAAUAAUUGUCUUAAACCCCUGUGGAAAUCAGUGUACCAUGGAUGGACUUCCAGUCACCAAGCCUGUACGCCUGUCUCAAGGCUGUAUGCUGUGUUUUGGUCAAUCGUCCUUCUUCCGUUUCAAUCACCCUGAGGAGGCAUUCAGGAUGAAGAGCAUGAGGUCAGAAGGACAGCAAAGACCUAGCACCAGUAAAGACUCUGAGAGCCUGGUCAAUGGGAACCAUCAGUCAGGAGGAUCCGAGUUUCACCUAUCCCAACACAAGAGAGUGCACCCUGAGCACAGUGCUAUUGUUAGUUCUAUUGAAAAGGACCUUCAGGACAUUAUGGACUCCUUAGUCAUGGAUGAUCCCUUGCCCUCUUCCUCGUCCUGUGAGCCCAACAAGCCAUCCGGUCCCUCUGCUGCUCAAUCCCCGCUGUCCCCCAUGUUAAAUGGAGGUGGCCAAUAUCUUCUUUCACCCCCCACAAGCCCUGGUGCUAUGUCAGUGGGCUCCAGUUAUGAAAAUACCUCUCCACCUUUCUCCCCUCUAUCCUCACCUUCAGCUGCAAGUAGUGGGAGCUUCAACAGCCCUUCACCAAGUGGUUGCCAGGACCAGGUUCCUUCUCUUCCUCCAGUACCAGUCAGGUCCUCCAGUUACAAUUACACGAGUCAGCCACCCAUACCUCAUCCUCGGACUAUGCUGCCUAAUCCGAAGGUGCCUGAGAGCCCUCGGCUCCAGAGAAAGGCUCUACUGGAAGCUCCGCCAAGCCCUAAAGCAGCCCGCAGAGGGCGGAGUCAGGAUGGUUCAGUGGGGAAAUCUUCAGAUAGCUCCCGACUGCCCCCUACGUUGCCUUCAGUUUCAGUAUCUUCAGUAUCCAGUGAUGUGCCAUCUAUCAGGCUAGCAGUACCAGCCAGCCCCAAACUGACUCCCAAAUUCACCACCACAUCUUCGUCUGCUCCUUGUAGUCCCAGGGUGAAAAUGACCAGUGGUCUACAGGAUGAUCCAUCCAGUCUAUUUCAUGAUCAGUCACAGCCAGAUCGCUCACUCACUUCAAGCCCCUCCCAGCUUCUCUCUCCUCCUCCUCGGGCAUUCCAGCCCCCAUUGGACCCAGUCAUUCACAUAAUCCAGGGUGGACAACAACAGCCCCACUCCCUGCAACCUCCGGAGAGUCCUCGGCUGGCCCGCAGGAACCUGGAGGCUGGGUGUGGCAGCAACAUGAGGGACUUGCCCCCUCUCAGCCCUUCCCUGUCACGUAGAGGAGUACCAGUCCUGCCAGGGGCACUUCCAGGAAUCCUCCCAUCCUGGUCCUCGGAGAGCCCAACUGCCAAGGUAGUUCCAGAGAGUCCCAGACACAGACACAAGGCUUCCUCCCCCUCUCAGGAACUAUACAGUCCCCGACUGGUGCGUGCCCGCAGCCCCUCACCCACAUCCGGGCUGACAGAUGGUGGUGGACGCAAAGGGAGCUUUGGGAACACUCUAUCUCCUGCCUUCAGCCUGGGCUCCCUGCCUGGGUCCUCACCCUUAGCUAGUCCCAGGACCCACAGGAAGAUGUCCUCAGGGCACAGGGACUUGCGGAUCGGUCAUCCAGGCAUGAGAGAGCGCAAGAACAGCAUUACCGAGAUCAGUGACAAUGAAGACGAGUUAUUGGAAUACCACCGGCGUCAGCGUGAGGAGCGCCUCAGGGAGCAGGAGAUGGAAAGACUGGAACGGCAGCGACUAGAGACCAUCCUGAACCUCUGUGCUGAGUACAAUAAGAAUGAUGGACCCAGUGUGAUGGGUGUCACCAGGCCCACUGUGAUGCAGAGGCAGCGGGAGAGUGAUGAGGAGAAUCUGAGAGAGGAAUGUAGCAGCACAGAGAGCACACACCAGGAUAUGAGGACUCCACACAACCUACAAAACGGAGAUAAGGAGACACAGCUGGAUGAAAUAUCAGGAAGUGGGACAAGGCUGGAACUGCAUUAUCUGGAGGAGGAACGGGUACGAGUGCUGGCAAGGGUCGAGGAGUUAAAAUCUCGGCUCACUGAGGUGGAACAGCAGCUACAAGAGAACAAACAGGAGGCGGAGAUGGAAAGGGCCUUGCUACAGGGUGAGAGACAAGCAGAGCUGAGCCAGAUUGAGACGGAGACUGAUAUCAUCACUCAGCUGCAGCACAAAGUCAGUGACCUGGAGAUCGCCAUCCAGAGGGAAAAGGACAAGGAGAGGGCGAAUGUUGACAGCCAGCGGGAAGCCCUGGAGAGGCUUCAGGACUACUACAAUGAGCUGAAGAGCCAGCUGCAUAACUGCCCCGAGUCUCUAAGGGAGCAGUUGCAGGAGCAACUCAAAAGGGAAGCAGAAACCUUGGAGGCUGAGACAAAGCAGUUUGAGGACCUGGAAUUCCAGCAGCUGGAGAAGGAGAGCAGUCUGGAGGAAGAGCGUGAGACAAUUUCCCAACAGCUCCUUCAGGAGAAAGCACAGUACCAAAGCAGUGUGGUGAAGAGAAAGGAAAAAGUUGCAGUGCUGGAGAAGCAGGCCAAUCAGCUGGGCCUGCAGGCUGCACAGGAGUGUGAAAAGCUGGCUAAAGAGCAGAGUGUCACCCUGCAGCUACUUCAGAAGGAGAAGGAGAGGCUGGCUGGUCUGGAGAAGAGAUAUUUCAGCUUAACUGGAAGCAGAACUUUCCCUAAAGGUUCCAGCACUUUAAAAGAGGGGUACUGCAGGAUGGCGGCUUCAUAUAGGAUGUAUGUGAGCGAUACCCAGCUGACCAACUCUGCUUCCCAUGACCCCUUUCUUACAUUUGACCCCGCUGUAGCUGCCCACUGUGAGGACUAUAUUACCGUGGGCCAAUUAAACCAGAUCUAUGGGAUGCCGAAGGUGGAUUCUUCCCCCACCUCUCCUGCCCAAUUGCGUCAGCCCACCCUCACUGAGCCUGCCUUUUCCUGUCUUCCUUCCCCCCAUGGCUCGUCUCUUUCUCUUGGUUUUGAGAGUCAGCCGGAGCGGCUUAGGCCUCAAAUUCCCGGGCUAGAUUUAGAGCACUGGUACCAGGAGGUGAUGGCGGCUGGAGAUCCCAGCCAGCUGUGCUCGCCUCAUCUCCCGGCUAAAGCUCACUCAGCACACAGUCCUCUGCAGGUGUACCGCUCCAGGCUCGACAGUGAUGUCAGUCAAUCCUCACAGAAACCAAAAGUGAGUGCUGGACUUUCCCCCACUUAUACCACUGCAACGCUUGGCCGCAACACUUCCUCCAGGAGUCCAAUCAUGGUGGCCAACAGCACCGGCAGUCUCCCACGCAACCUCGCAGCUACUUUACAAGACAUUGAGAUGAAGAGACAGCGGGCACUGCAACAGAAAGACUGCUUGCCAUCAUCGCCUGAGUUCUCCACCAUGGACAGUCCUACAGGUCAGCAGGUGAUCGAGGAGCAGCGGCGACGUCUAGCCGAGCUGAAACAGAAGGCUGCAGCUGAGGCUCAGUGCCAGUGGGAGGCACUGCAUGGCCCCCACGCACAGCUCAGCAGCUCUCCUGCUCCUCCCCUGGUCCAUCACUCCAUCCUGCACCACACAGCACCCUCUGCUGGAGAGGAUAACUAUGACACACUCAGCCUGGAGAGCUCCGACAGCAUUGACACCAGUGUCUCCACCAGCAACAACUCCGCCUGCUCACCGGAUAACAUGUCCAGUGCAAGCGGGAUGGAUGCAUUGAAAAUCGAAGAGAUGGAGAAGCUGUUAAAGGAGGCUCAUCUGGAGAAGGUCAGACUCCUUGAGUCCAAGGAGCGAGAGAGCCAGGCACGCAAACAGCUGCUUGAGGAGGAGAGGAAGAGGAGGGAGGAGGCUGAGAAAAGGCUGCAGGAGGAGACGGUGCACCGGCAAAAGCUGGUUGAGAAGGAGGUGAAAAUGAGAGCAAAGAACUUCUCUCAGGCUCGGCCCAUGACGCGCUACCUACCCAUCCGCAAAGAGGAGUUUGACCUGCGCUCACAUGUUGAGUCAUCGGGUCACAACGUGGAGACUUGCUACCACAUCAUCCUCACAGAAAAGAUGUGUAAGGGCUACCUGGUCAAGAUGGGUGGAAAGAUUAAAUCGUGGAAGAAGCGCUGGUUUGUCUUCGAUCGCCUUAAACGCACAUUCUCCUACUAUGCCGACAAGCAUGAGACCAAGCUGAAAGGAGUUAUCUAUUUCCAGGCCAUUGAGGAAGUUUACUACGACCAUUUGCGUAGCGCCACAAAGAGUCCUAACCCCUCCCUGACCUUCUGUGUCAAGACCCAUGACAGACUGUACUACAUGGUGGCUCCAUCUGCAGAGGCCAUGAGGAUAUGGAUGGACGUGAUCGUAACAGGAGCAGAAGGCUACACGCAGUUCAUGAACUAGUCAUCAGAGGACUUAAAAGGUUAAAUGGUUGCACCAAGGAACGUCAAGUGACUCAUCCUCCUGUUUACCGGCUCUGUUCGUUCUUAAUGAGAAGAGCCUUUUUAUUUUGUAUUUCUUUUUGUAUUGUAAUAAGUUGUAUAUUCAGCUCAGCUGUACAGUUCUUGGACAGUCAUCAAAGGUUUUCUACACCUGCCUGGAUUUAAAAAGGGAGUCCUACAAGGUAAAGGAGGAGAAAUUGAUUGUGUGAAAUCACCUUUGUCUUUAGGAUAAGAGAGAGAUCUCUGACAUUUCACCCUUUUUUGGGGGGGAGGGGUAUACGUAACUUUUAUUUUGCAACCUCUCAAAAGAUGUAGGUGUUUGUGGAUUUAUUUUGUUUAGUUUUUUUCUUUUUCAUCUGUAGAACUUUUUUCACAUUUUACAAUGUGGUAUAGCCAAAUGACAUCAAGCCAUUCUGGACUAUUUUUGCAAAAAUGAUUUGACUUACACAGUGAGUGUGGUUAUGGAUAUACAGAUCAUACAUGUAGAGGUGAUGAUAAAAGCAAAUACAUCAGACUAGAUGAGAUCACUGAACUAAGAACCUAAAUCACCAAAGCCCAUUAACAACUCCCAUUUACCUGCAGCCCACUGUAUGUUUCUGUGUAACUAGCAAAUCAUCAGCUGUAUGACACACACACCUCUCUCUCUCUCACUCUGUAUAGAAGUCUAUUUGCCAAGUCCUGACUUUAUCUUCAGCCUUCACUUCUUUAAGCAAGCAGCCAUCUUCAGUACACUGCCACCUGAAGGCUCUCAGUGGAUGAACAUCAUUAAACAACAAAACAACACUAACCAACUUAACCUUCAUAUAAUAAUGCAAAUCAUUCAGUGCCUUGAUAUUUCUCCACAUUUCAUCACUGCAAUAUUGUUGUGAGAAACCUGCAGGACCACAAAAUGCCAGAAAUACAAUCACUGUUUACUUGAUGUAUUUUUAUUCUCAAGAGAUCUAUUAUUGUGACUAACAGUUGUUUGCACAAGGCAUGCAGUCGGGAUGAUGGGAAAGCUUUUCGAGUCAGCAGAUAUUGAAAUUAGUCAUAGACAGAUUAUAAUAUCAAAUCUGUCUUGGCUCAUGUUCGACUUAGUCCUCUGGACUGAACUAUGCUGUGACUUCAAAAGUGAUCAGCUGGAGCUUAGUGUUUUUAUAAAAUGUUUUAUAAAAUAUUUUUUUGUUUUAUGUGAGCAUUUUCCCUGAAAUCCCUCUGCAUGUAUUCAAAAUGGCCAAAAUACUAUCUUCAGUUCCAUUGAUCCUGAUUAAUUUGCAAAUGUUUUUAUUUCAGUUCAGUAAAAAAAAUAUUUUGGCCAAUCUGGAAAAAGAAUAAGUACCGUGUGUACAGUGCAGUGUUGAUCUCUUUUCAGUGUUCUGUUGUGUGUACAUGAACUAAGCUGUACUGGGAUGCGCCACAUGCAUACAAAUAAGUAUAAAUUCUCUUAAACCGUUAUUUUAUUACUAACACACACUUAUACAUGCUGAUUAAUGAUAUGAUAUGGUAUAUAUGAUGGUACUGUUCAUGUGGCACUUUAGAUGGAUUUCAUGGAAUUUUUCAGGUUUAUUAAAGAAAAAGAAACCCUUUCA